CGGCACUUGGACCACAGCCUUACAGAUCUUGACAUACAAUAAUAUCUUGUGUGUUACAACGUUUUUCAUCUUGAAAAUGGAUCAACCAGUAAUUGUAAAGAUAAUGCAUAUAUACUAUCCAAUUCUUGCAACAGUUGGCGUUCCGGCUAAUUUGAUCACCAUCCUCAUUCUUUCUCGUGGAAAGUGCAACCUCUCCAAAUGCAUAACCCGUUAUCUGCUGGCAAUGGCAGUGGCCGAUCUGUUGGUGCUGAUAUUCGAAGUGAUUUUGUAUCAGAUUAAGGAAGCGUACUUCUCACAUUCAUUUCUGAACUACACGCCUAUUUGCAGUCUCAAUCUGGCCCUCCUUUAUGCGUCCAUUGAUUGCUCUGUCUGGCUAACUGUCUUUUUCACUAUUGAUCGAUUUAUUGCUAUCUGUUCUCAAUCACUGCGAACAAAGUACUGUACUCCGAGAAAUGCAGCUGUCAUCAUAGCAGUUGUGUGUUUCAUAAGUAUUGUGGAAAAUGCUCCGAUCUUCCUUAUAUAUGAACCUCGGGAAAUAAUUGACAACGUACCAUGGUCCUGCUACGUAAAAUCAAGUUUCUAUGUCCUAACAAUUUGGGCAGCAUUUUUCUGGUUUGAAACAAUUUUGACCCCAUCUACACCAUUUGUAUUGAUCCUUGUACUCAAUGCUAUGACCAUCAGGUAUAUUGUGCUUUCCAACAGAGUGAGAAGCGAACUCAAAGGAUUGAGAAAUCACACUGAUCCAGAAAUAGAGAACCGAAGGAAAUCGAUUAUUUUACUACUCGUUAUAUCUGGUAGUUUCAUAACGUUAUGGAUGGUAUUUUUCAUAUGCUUCAUAUGUGUUCAUUUUACAGACGCUCAAUUUCUAAAAGCAAAUUACGAAGAUUCAUUCACCAUUGCUGAACAGUCGGGUUACAUGCUUAGGUGUUUGAGUUCAUGUGCAAACACAGUUAUAUAUGCAGUAUCACAGCGCAGGUUCCGAGAAGAAUUGAAUGCUUUGACUAAGCAACCCCUCCAUAUUGUUACUAAAUUAUUCAAGUAGUUUCAGUCGCUGAAAAGAAUGAGGCACAACGUUCAUUGUAUUGAAUGACUAGUUUUUUUCAAUUGUUUAGUAUGUACUUGAAUCUCUAGAAGUAGUGAAGGCUGUCAGUCAGCUUCAAUAUCAUCUAAGUUAUUAUUAAAUAUUCGGUCGGACCUAAAUGACAUUUCUGCUCAAGUUUAAAAAGAAAGCCUGCUGUAGAUAUUUGUUGAUAAUCAAGUGCAUAGAUUUAUCUACAUUGAUUUAUCGCCUCACUUUCAACUAUUAAAACUUCGAAAGUGCUUCGUAGGAGAUUGACGGAGCCAAAAUUGUCAUACAUGGGCACAAUAACAUGAAAGCAGAAUAUCUUUCUCAAUAAAGAGAGCACAAAACAACCGAGUGGUCGAAGAUAUUAAGCAUUGAAAUGUUUUCACUUUUGAUGCGAAAUUUCUGCAACAGCAGAGCUGUAAUUAGUAACUGAAUCAGAGGAACACCGAUAUCUCGCAGAAGCUUAGAACAAAAGCUGAUGAAAAGACAUAAGGAGUUGUAUGGCGAAAAAACGCAACAGAGACUUCGUUCGCUUGGAGGCUAAAGAAUUGAAGAUCAAAGCAGACUCAGAAUAAUUGCCAGCUUGGAAUGUAACACAGAUAACAAGGUGUAGAGCAGGAAAGCUGAUGUUUCUGACCUGAGUGUUAUUGCAGUUACCUAUUGAGAGUCAAUUUCUAGCUUCUAAGGAUAUUCUUUCUUUUCUUCACAAUGGUAAAACUUUCCCUGACAAAGGGCACGUUUAAUCUGUGAGUUUACCAAACUGUGAUUUAUCACACUGUCAUAUGAGAGUGGAAGUUCAGCUCACCGAAAACAAAGAAAAAAGUUCAAUAACUCCAUC